AUGGCAGCUGCAGCCGAGGAGGAGAUGCAGGCAGAAAAGAAGCUGGAGCAAAGCACCGAGGAUUUCCGUGCGCGCCUGGCACUCCUGUCCUCCCACCCACCCUCGCUCGAGACAAAGGCCUUGCUGGACAAUCUCGGUGCAGCCAAAGCUCAGCUUGCCGAGGAUGAAAGGCGCUUGUCGAUCGGGCUCUUCGAGCGCUGGCGUGAGCGACUGGACCAGGAACUCCGUGCUGGCGGAUACGUUGAACAGAAGAACUCCAUCGGCAAGAUUGGGAGAGAGCAGGGCUUCGUGACUGCCAACGAACUGGCGGAUGCCUGCGUGGCGUCAUCAGAAAUGGCUCUGCAAAAGUCCGCUUAUGCGGAGAGAUUGGCCGAGGUGCCCAAGACUGUUGGAAUUGGGAGAGAAGGUUCGGAAAUUCACACUUCAAGUGCUCUGGCUGCGGCUCGACUGGGCUUUGCCGAAAAUGUGAGGCGAUCCAACGAAUGGUGGGAGUGGCACAUGGCGAGGCUUCCUGAGUACCACAAGGAUCUUGAGAAUCUGAGGCAGACGGAGGCCUUUGCCAGGACCAUGCAGAUGAACAAGCAGGCAGUCAACAUCCUGAGUGGCGCAAAUCUUCAGAGACUGCCAACGGCUUUCGAAAGGCGUGUCUACAAAGGCUUCGAAGUCAGCGCAGUGAUGAGGUACUCGUGCCUCGCGGUUGAGUCGACUGGCAGCAGAGUGUGUCCAAAGGAGUUGGCUGAAGAAGAGUUGAGACUCGCCAGGCAAGCUGUCGAGAAGAGCGAGGGCGAGGUAGAGCACAUGUCCUGCCUUCUGCAGGAGAUUCCGGAGUCGGAGACGCAGCAGCAGCAGCUGGCGCGGCAAGCCAUACUGGAACCACACAAAGUGAACCUCAUUCAUCAAGUUCAGCACGGCGCAGAGCGACUGCGCGAGGCGCAUGACUUGAGAAGCCAGCUGGAGCUUGCCAGCGAAGAGGCUCGCAAGACGGAAGCCAGUGCAAAAGUUGCCCGAGCAGGCCUGCAUGCAAGGUGUGCUCGCGCAUCAGAAGAGCUUCGGGAUGCAGAGAGGCACCUGCAGUUCCUCCGGGAACUUCACGCCCGGGAGUUCGGUGCUUUGGGUGAUUUCGAGCGCGAGAAAUCGCAACUACUGCAGAUUUAUCGACAGGAAGCAGUCGAGCACGAGCGGACAAAGUGCCGCCUGCAAUCCCAAAGUGGAUACUUAUGCCGUGGUGAUCUGUAUCCAUGCAGUCCCCAACAAGCCGCCAAAGCAGCGGCUUUGCCACAGCGCCCGUGGCCGUUUGCAGGCCAAAGAUGUCUCGAAGGGCCGCGAUACACGAGCACCGAAGACCUUCAAGUGGAAAUGCCGACCCAGCAAAGAUCUGUACGAAGGCGACCGCUCUGA